AUGAAGCGAUUCCUCACUCCAUUCAUACUUCUCCUCCUGGCCCUGCUGUUUCCAGGAUUAUCCAGAGCCAGAUAUAUUAACCAGCAAGGCACUGAAGGUCCCAGAGAACCUAAGGAAGAGUCUCAUGGACAAGGAACAAAUGAGUCUCACUUGUUACACCACCAAGUAAAACGCUACCUCUUACCUCGCACUCCCCCUUUCGAGGGGGAUAUUCCGCCUGGAAUUAGAAAUAUUAUCUGCCUUAUGCAACGUGGAACCUGCAGACUUUUCUUCUGCCAUUCUGGGGAGAAAAAGGGUGAAAUCUGCUCUGAUCCCUGGAACAGGUGCUGCGUACCUAAUGCAAAGGAAGAGAGAAAAGAUAAACCAGAGAUGGAUGGCGAGUCUGGCACCUAA